AACCUCGGACCCAGGUGUUUUUUCACAAUGAAGAAAGCCAAGGUUAAGUUUUUGUACGGAUAAUUUAGAACAUUUUAGGAAAAGUAGCAAAUAAAGUCCGUCAAUUCAAAUUAAAACAUGAUUUUUAUUUUGAACAUUGACGAAGAAAAAGCAACACCUUUUUGCAUGAUAUUCAUGACUUGUCAGAGUGGGAAAGGAAAAUAAAAACGAGAGAACCCCCUGUGGUAUUAACCAUGUUUUAAAGUUUAGAGAUAUUAAAUAUAAACGAUCCUUUAUCACUUCACAUUGUAACGUUGUUUAACAAUAGAUAGGUGUAUGUAUGUAUAUGCAUAUAUUGCGCAUACAUAUAGUCAGAGAUUUAUCUAACGGUCAGCUUCGUUUUCGUUCAUAAGUGUAGCUUGAAAAAAAAGUUAGAAAAUGAACUCAAAUUUAUUCAAAGCGGUUUUUGUAGUGUUUUAUUUACAUUUUGUUUUAAGUGAUAUCACUUGUGUUAAAACUACAGUUGGAUUAAUACAUGGAAAAGAUGAAGAUGUAAAUGUGUUUGGAGAACAUUCCCGUGUAUCAAAGUAUCUUGGUAUACCAUAUGCAGAAUCCCCUGUCGGGGAAUUACGUUUUCAAAAGCCCGUUCCGAAAACACCACUCCAAGAGCCGCUAAACGCCGUCCAAUACGGAAAUGCGUGUCUCCAAGUCGAUAUAGGGAUGCAACCUAAAGGCGAUACAAGUUACUCGGAGGAUUGUCUUUAUUUGAAUAUAUAUGCACCGAAGAAACCUGAGCAAGGCGAGAAACUCGCGGUUAUGGUUUGGUUUCAUGGUGGCGGAUUUAUUGUUGGAUCAGCGGAUAUCUAUCCGGCGGACCAUCUUGCUGUAUACGGAGAUGUUGUUGUAGUAACUGUUAACUAUAGACUGACAGUUUUUGGAUUCCUAAGCACCGGGGAUGAACACGCUCCUGGCAAUUACGGUCUGUGGGACCAGCGGAUGGCGUUAGACUGGGUCAACAAGAACAUUGAAGGAUUUGGCGGAGAUCCAGCAAGGGUUACUAUAUUUGGAGAAUCAGCCGGUGCUGCUAGUGUGAUUUAUCAAGGACUUUAUCCGGAUAAUCGAGGCUUGUUUCAGAGAUUGGUGGCCCAGUCCGGUUCCGCGGGUUCCUGGUGGGCAAGUAACGAUAAUUACAAAGAAGACACCGAGAAACUUGCGAAAUUAGCUGGUUGUGCAACGGGGUCUUCUAGAAACAUUUUAACUUGCUUAAAGGCUAUCCCAGGUGAAACAUUACUUGGGAUUGUUGACAAUCUUGAAAAUGGCUUUAAAGCAGUCCCUAUACCUUUUAUACCAAGAUUUGAUAAGGACUUUGUAAAACUUCUAAGUAAACAAACAUUUGUCCCUGGCAAUGAAUUACCAGUGGAGUCACGUGACUUUUUCAGGUCAUUAGAUAUAAUGGUUGGAAUGAACUGCGGAGAAGGUAGCUUGUCGUUAAGUCCUUUCUUUGGAGUAACAGAUCCCCCUAGUUUCUUACCGAAUAAGACCGACUUCAAGGACUUGAUCGUACCAGCAAUACAAAACCUUGCAUUUCCGGGAAACACUGACCAAAUUGUCCGGGACGCCAUAAUUGCAGAAUACACGAGCUGGGAAAACCCUGAUAAUGAAUAUCUAAUUAGAGAUGAGUUUCUAGCAAUGCAUUCAGAUUUUACAUUUACGGACCCACUAUACAGAGCUUUGGAUUAUCACUCUGAAUCAACCAGUAAUACUUACAUGUACUACUUUGAUGAGGUUACCACCAACCAUUUGUUUGGAAAUGUCCCAUGGUAUAACAAGCUGGGGCAUGGUGACGAGAUUCCUUUUAUUUUCGGAUUUAAAAAUGCGGACCAUGUACACGACUGGAAGUUUUAUGCCAAGGAAUGGGAAGCCCAGCUGUCUAAAAGUGUUAUGAAAUUGUGGGCAAACUUUGCAAAAACAGGGAACACAAACCUACCGGACGACCUUGACCUUGAUUGGUUGCCGUAUACGAGGAGGCAUCAACAUUACUUGCAAAUAUCACGUGAUAUGACGUCAUUGAACGUAAAACAACGCUGGAAUACUCGUAGAGCCAAUUUCUGGGGAAAUCUACUUCCAAGCAUUGUAAAAGCAUCACAAUGUGCACGUGACACUAAGGAUUCUGGACAACAAAGUUGUCCAGCAACGGGAAAAUGUCCUCCAUAGAUUGUGCAGG